UAUUGUCGUUUGCUAAAUACUUGAAUCGACUAGGAUCUACGAAUUCUGCGUUGCGCAUAAAGAAAAAGAUGUGCCACUUGACAGAAAUCCUGAUGUCAAAGAAAGAUUUUAUUACCCUUCGUCAAGAGAUCAUUUUGCGGAAUCGUUUGUUGGAAAUAUUCAUCGAGUGGACUUCCGAUUUUACUAUGAAAACAGAUGCUCAAGGUAAUAGCGAAAAUUCUACGAAUAGGAGUGAACGAAUGCACCGCGAGCUGGACCAAGCAUGCUUGAAAACCAUUGUAUCGUUGUUGAUCCAAUUACCCCUGCAGCCAUCGGAAACUGUACACGAGACAGAAUUGAGUGGAAUCAAAUCGAGAUUGUUUUACAAGUAUUUCUCAUUCUUUAUAAAGCUACUAAAUCGUUGCAGGAUUUUGGAAGCAAUUGAUAGUGGAACUCACUCCGCGAAAAAUAAUCAAGAUCUUCAGAUGCUGCUGUCGAAGUCAAAGGAAUACGUUAAGGACUUAGGACCAUUGAAAGAUUGCACGAUAUUGGCAUUGAGUAAUCUGCUAAGCGCGAAUAUUGAUUCUGGAUUGAAGUACUCGCUGUCGAUGGGAUAUCAUGAGGACACAAAGACCCGCACCGCAUUCAUGCAAGUACUCACCAACAUUCUAAAUCAGGGCACCGAAUUUGAGGGAUUGGCGGAGAACGCGAUGAACGACAGAUACGAAAAGCUGGUGGAGCUUGUAACGGAUUCCGAUUUAAGUAUAGCGCUUUCACUUUGUGAAGUGUGCCCCGUGUCUGAUAUUGAUGAGGUGGCAAAAACGCUAUUUGCAGUAUUUGAUUCUCAUAAUAAGGCAAUGCCAAUAUUAAAAGCUAUCAUUGAAAAAGAAGUCUCGAGCACAGAAUACGAAUCUGACUUGUUCAGACGGAAUUGCAUGGCCACUCGAAUGCUGGCUGCAUUUGCGAAGACAUAUGGGACCGAAUAUCUUCGUGAAACUUUACAGCCUUUGGUUCAGGAUCUCUUAUCGCAACCUGAAGAUUUUAGCUGCGAGUUGAAUCCUGAUAGUCUUGGUCCAGGCGAAGAUAGUGAGAAAAAUUUGACAAACUUGAGGAAAACGGCGCAGGCAUUUCUUGAUGGGAUCUGCAAUUCCGGAAGGACCAUGCCUCCUCAGUAUAGGUAUGUCUGUCAUUACAUAGGAAAUUCAGUGAAGGAAAAAUAUCCACGGGCAAAAUUUACCACCGUUGGCGCUUUCGUAUUUCUGCGAUUCUUUAAUCCCGCGAUCGUGGCACCCGAUAGCGAAAACCUUUGUAAACCCAUUGAAAAUCACAAGAUCAAAAGAGCUCUGUUACUGAUAACUAAAGUCAUACAGAAUUUGGCGAACAACAUUCUUUUUGGUGCCAAGGAGCCAUAUAUGAUUGUAUUAAAUGAUUUUUUGGAUGCUAAUAUCGUGAAGGUGACGACAUUCCUGGAGGAGAUUUCUGAUUCUCCAAAUCUUCCAUUAUUCGAGGAAAUGGGAGCAGGUGAACAAACAAGCAUUCGCAGACUGGACGAAGCUGAUCGUAAGUCGCUUCAUAAACAUUUAAGCAAGAAUCAAGAGAAGAUAACAAAGGAACUUCAGGCGUACCGAGUUAAAUCCAUGAAUCCUGCCAAUUCCACGAGCUCAAUGCCAGAUCGAUUCCAAGAAAGCAAAAAAUCUUGGGAUAAAAUAUCCACAUUACUAGCACAGCUCGGUACAUUCACCGAAAGUCAAAAGAAAGAGUCAUCGGUAAUCAGUAAUCGCCACUCUGAGACAAAUCACCAUUUGUUUACAGAAUUUAUGCGACAAAAUGCGAAUCGUAAUGUCGAAAAUAUUAUUUCAAAAGGUGUAUUCUAUGAGGGUGGCAUCUCCAAGGAAAAAAGACCG